UGCCCAGGCAGCGCCUGUAUCCUGAUUCCUGAACGUAGCCUGCACAGACCUAACCAGUGGAUCACAGAAAGGCUAUUGUAAUGAUGGAAUACAUGUAGUUUUUUUUUUUUUUUUUUUUUUUCCUCCUGGAUGGCCCAUGGCUCCCGAUGAUGCGCGCAUAAACAGGGAGGCAUCUUAACUAUUGCAAUUCUUUUCGUUUCAUUGACCUCGCUUUUUAUUUUGUUCCUCUUUUUAAACCGGCCAUGACUGUGGAGCAGAAUGUCCUUCAGCAGCACUCGCAAAAGCAUCAACAGACACUACUGAACCAGUUAAGAGAAGUCACUGGAACCACAGAUACCCAGCUGUUACAGCAGGCCUUGCAGGUCAGCAAUGGGGACCUUGCAGAGGCAGUGGCCUUUCUGACAGAGAAGAACACCAAGGUCUCCCAGCAGGAAGAGGCGACUUACUAUCAGACAGCACAGCCUGGAAAUGAUAGAUACAUCAGCGUGGGCAGCCAGGCUGACACAAAUGUCAUUGAUCUGACUGGAGACGACAAGGAUGACCUUCAGAGAGCCAUCGCCCUCAGUCUGGAGGAGUCGAGCAGAGCCUUUAGGGAGACCGGAAUAACUGACGAGGAGCAAGCCAUCAGCAGAGUUUUAGAGGCAAGCAUAGCGGAAAACAAAGCGUGCUUGAAAAGGACGCAUGUGGAAGUGUGGAGCGACUCUCCGAAUCCCCAUGACAGGAAGAGGGUGGAUAAGUGUCCGGUGGGGUUAAAGAACGUGGGAAACACCUGCUGGUUCAGCGCCGUCAUUCAGUCCCUUUUUAACCUCCUGGAGUUUCAGAGGCUUGUUCUGCAUUACUCGCCUCCGGUCUGUGCCCAGGAUUUAGCUUGCAAUCAGAAGGAACAUAGGAAUCUACCAUUCAUGCAGGAGUUGAGGCAUGUGUUCUCACUCCUGGUAGGAUCCAAAAGGAAAUACGUUGACCCCUCCAGAGCUGUAGAGAUCCUCAAAGAUGCUUUCAAGGCCACCGACUCUCAGCAGCAGGAUGUCAGCGAGUUCACUCACAAGCUGCUGGACUGGUUAGAGGAUGCCUUCCAGAUGAAAGCAGAAGAGGAGAGAGAAGGGGAGAAGCCGAAGAACCCAAUGCUGGAGCUUUUCUAUGGAAGGUUCCUGGCCGUGGGUGUUCACGAAGGUAAGAGGUUUGAGAACACAGAGAUGUUUGGCCAGUACCCUUUGCAGGUAAACGGGUUCAAAGAUCUGCACGAGUGCCUUGAGGCUGCCAUGAUAGAAGGGGAGAUUGAGUCUUUACACUCGGAAAACUCUGCAAAGUCCGGACAGGAGCACUGGUUUACUGAGCUUCCCCCAGUGCUCACAUUUGAACUGUCCCGAUUCGAGUUUAAUCAAGCUCUAGGAAGGCCUGAGAAGAUACACCACAAACUGGAGUUCCCCUCAGUGUUGUACAUGGACAGGUAUAUGGACAAGAACAGAGAAAUAACACGCAUCAAACGUGAAGAGAUCCGGAGGCUCAAAGAGCACCUUACAUUAUUACAGCAACGGCUGGAGAGGUACCUGAGCUAUGGAUCUGGCCCCAAACGCUUUCCUUUAGCGGAUGUCCUUCAGUAUGCAUUGGAGUUCGCUUCCAGUAAGCCAGUGUGUACCUCGCCAGUGGAAGACAUUGACUUAGCAGCGCCACCUGGUGGUACAACAGCUUCACAGGCAGCACCAAGCACAGCAGAACACGCUCCAUGUUCAUCACCGGAGGCCCCUCCUCCUCCUCCCCCCUCUCAGCAGAGGUCCGUCAUUCACAAGCCGUUCACGCAGUCCCGCAUCCCCCCGGACCUGCCGAUGCACCCGGCCCCUCGGCACAUCACAGACGAGGAGCUCGGGGUGCUGGAGGGGUGUCUGCAGCGCUGGAGGAGCGAGGUGGAGCAGGAUACUCGAGAUCUGCAGGGAAGCAUUUCAAGAAUACAUCGAACGAUUGAACUGAUGUACUCUGACAAGUCUAUGAUGCAAGUUCCUUAUCGGCUGCAUGCUGUUCUGGUGCAUGAAGGCCAGGCCAGCGCAGGGCACUACUGGGCGUACAUCCACAGCCAGCCCCAGGGGAGGUGGAUGAAGUACAAUGACAUCUCUGUUACAAAGUCUUCCUGGGAGGAGCUCGUGCGGGACUCCUUCGGGGGUUACAGGAAUGCCAGCGCUUACUGCCUAAUGUACAUCGACGAGAAGAAGCCCUUUCUGAUCGGAGAGGAAUUUGACAAGGAGACAGGUCAGAUGCUGACGGGGUUUGACAAGUUACCCCCAGAUUUGAAAGAGUACGUGAAGGAGGACAACCAGAGGUUUGGGAAAGAAAUCGAGGAAUGGGACGCCCUGCAAGUGAAGAAAGCACAACAGGAGAGACUGGCAGCAGCAGAAGCUUUAGCAGCAGCAGAGGCCACAGCAUCACAGGCAGCAGCCAAGGAACCUGCCCCCACAGUCACCGCAGCCCCACCUCGGGAUCCAGAGUACAUGGAACAGCCUUCACCCGCGGACGACUCCAAGCACCUGAAGGAGGACACGGAAAGAGCCAUCGCCAAAGCAGCUGCAGAGCAUGAAGACAGAGGUCCAGAGGAGCUCCUGCAGGCAAGUGAAGCCCCAGCCAAGCCCCCUGCCUCCCAGCGAGUGGUAGAGGUGGCCAUCCCUCACGUAGGCACCUUUGUAAUAGAGUCAGAGGAGGGGGGUUAUGAUGAUGAGGUCAUGCUGACCCCAGCCAUGCAGGGUAUUCUCAUGGCCAUAGACAGAACCAGGAGUGUGUGUGACAGGUGUGGGCCCGAAGCAGCUUUCUUUAAGGCUUUCACAAUGGAAUAUGCCCGUCUGCUCCGAUUCGCUCAGGAGGACACGCCCCCUGAGACUGACCACCGGCUGCAGCAUGUCAUCGUGUAUCUCAUUCAGAAUCACGCCCCCAAGAGCAUCCUGGAGAGAACCUUACUGGAGCAGUUUGCACACCGCAGCCUGGGCUUUGACCAACGAUGUAAGAGCAUUAUGGAAGUUGCACGUGCUAAACUGGAACUCAUAAAGCCAGAAGAAGUGAAUAUGGAAGAGUAUGAGAUUUGGCACCAGGAUUACCGCAACUUCCAGGAAACAACCUUUUAUCUUCUGACGGGUUUGGAACUGUUCCAGAAGAGGAGUUACGCAGAGACCCUGAUGUACCUGAUCUACGCCCAUCAGUACAAUAAGGAGCUGCUCUUGAAAGGGUCCUACCGGGGGCACAGCGAGGAGCUGAUAGCACAUUACAGGAGACAGUGCCUGCUGAAACUGAACGAACAUGCUGCCAGUCUCUUCGAGUCCGGAGAGGAGCAGGACGUGGUGAAUGGCUUGAACAUCAUGAACGAGCUGGUGGUUCCUUGUCUGCCGCUGUUACUGGUCGAUGAAAUGGAGGAGAAGGACAUCGUCGCAGUGGAGGACAUGAGGAACCGCUGGUGCUCAUACCUUGGUCAGGAAAUGGAAGCGAGGCUGCAGGAGAAGCUGACGGACUUCCUUCCCAAGCUGCUUGACUGCUCCACCGAGAUCAGGAGCUUCCGGGACCCCCCAAAGCUACCUUCCUACUGCACCCUGGAACUGUGUGAGCGCUUCAGCCGAGUCGUGUGCUCUCUCAGCCGCAGUCCCGCGGACGGGAGAUGAGCAGCACUGUCCUCCCCGCCCCGCCCCCCGUCUCUCAGCCGCAGUCCCGCGGACGGGAGAUGAGCAGCACUGUCCUCUCCUCCCCGCCCCGCCCCGUCUCUCAGCCGCAGUCCCGCGGACGGGAGAUGAGCAGCACUGUCCUCUCCUCCCCGCCCCGCCCCAUCUCUCAGCUGCAGUCCCGCAGACGGGAGAUGAGCAGCACUGUCCUCCCCGCCCCACCCCGUCUCUCAGCCGCAGUCCCGCGGACGGGAGAUGAGCAGCACUGUCCUCUCCUCCCCGCCCCGUCUCUCAGCCGCAGUCCCGCGGACGGGAGAUGAGCAGCACUGUCCUCCCCGCCCCACCCCGUCUCUUAGCCGUAGUCCCGCGGACGGGAGAUGAGCAGCCCUGUCCUCCCCGCCCCGCCCCGUCUCUCAGCUGCAGUCCCGCGGACGGGAGAUGAGCAGUACUGUCCUCCCCGCCCCGCCCUGCCCCGUCCCCAGCACACACACUUCUGUUGUAACACACACCUUCCUGCCGCGCGGUUUGCUUUUUUUUUUUUGCUGCUAUGGGUUUUAAUAGUAUGAUGGUGGUGGUGAUGAUGAUUGAUUCUUAUUGUUUUUAAGCAACUGCAACAGAGAUAAAGGACUACAGUGUAAAGCAAGGCUGCAGUGAUUGGAGCUCAGUGCAUGGUGUGCAGGCUUUGUUUAAACUGAGGAAGGUACAGCUUCCAGGGUGGGUUUUUUUUUGGGGGGUGGGGGGGUUGUGUACAGUUGUAAGGAAAGAGUACGUUGUUUUGCCAACUCAUCAGUUACAGUAUUAUCAUGCUUUUAUUUAAACACCUGGAUUUCUCAAUAGCUUUCUAUCUCGACUGGGUCUUUUUAGUGACUGCAAGUGAAUGAAAAGUUAGGUGCUGUGUUGAGACGUGGCACCCGCUAGCCUGUGAAUGAAUCGAAAGAAUAAAGUUUUAUUUAUGGCUCUUUUUCGCCUACUGAUAA